UAACCUUCGAGACCAAGAACCCAACGGAACUGGCAGAACGCCUGCGCGCCGUGUGUGGCAAUCAGAGCAAUGCCUACGCCCGCUUGCUUGAAUACCGCCUGAACGCCCUGCGCGGACUGUGGAAUGCCCAGCGGCAGCUGGCCCUGGAAGAGCAGCACGAGAGGGAGAGCUCGGGUGACGAAGAGACUCUGGCCCUGCUCAAACGCCAGGGCUUGUUGCAGCAGCCCGAGCAAGCCCCCUUUACCUCCCGGGUGGGGCUCCUGCUGGUCUUCCCCCUCAUCCAGUCCCAGAGCAGAACAGACCCCUCUCUCUGUAACAUCACUGCCGAGGUGCUAUUGAACUGCCUUCGCGACUGCCAGCCCUUGAGCCUGACCAAGGAGCCGGCUGACUGUCUCAAUGGAAUUGAAACCUUGCUGUGCUCUUGGCUCGAGGAGACUUCCGACGCCGGCCGACACAUCCCACAUAAGCAAAAGGAAAACGCAGCUGCAGCCCUGGUGGCUCUGGCCUGUGCCAGGGGAUCAUUGAAAACGUUCGUUCAUACAGUGCAUCUAUUACAGAAACAGACGGAUGUAGGGUCCCUGCCUGUAGCUGAUGUCUUAUAUAGGCUGCUGCUCUUGGAAGGGGGCCCUGGCUCGCCUUCCUGUCUGCUGGGUGGCAAACACCUCGUAUCCUGGGGCUAUGAAGACAUGCUGCCCGCACCAGAUAGCAACCCUGCCUCCAGUUCUGAAAAUAAAGAUGCUGACCUGGGACGCUGCCUCACAGCAGACGGUCUGUACCUGUACACAACCAACUCGGUGGGGAGAGGAGUGAGCAAACUGGGCUCUGGAUUACACGGUACUCUCAGAGGCUUCGUGUACUGCCGGAACGAGGAGCUGGAGCCCGGGUGGGUGGCUUUUGGCAGCGGCAGUCUCCUUCACCGGCCUGUGUCUUUUGAUAACAAGCCUCACUCCCUUUUCCAGGUCAUUGACCAGAAUACGCUUCAGGUGUGUCAGGUGGUGCCAAUGCCGGCCAAUCACCUCCCUGUAGGCAGCACCAUGAGCACGGUGCACCUUUCUUCAGAUGGCACGUACUUCUAUUGGAUCUGGUCGCCCGCCAGUCUGAAUGAGAAGACGCCUAAGGGACACUCUGUCUUCAUGGACAUCUUUGAGCUCGGGAUUGAAAAUGGUGUGUUUGUAGCCACCGCCCUGCAGGAGCGCACGAUUCUGAUGCGAAAAGAGGGCGAGUCUGCCAAGAGCAUUAAUGAGAUGCUUCUGAGCAGGCUCUCCCGGUAUCGAGCCUCCCCCUCGGCCACGCUGGCCGCCCUGACGGGCUCCACCAUCUCCAACACUCUGAAAGAGGAUCAAGCAGCAAACACGAGCUGUGGGUUACCCCUGAAGAUGCUUCGGAAGACGCCCAUCUACACCUGUGGCACCUACUUGGUGAUGCUGGUCCCACCGCCAGGGGGCUCAGGCAGCUCUGCCACCCGCUCUCUUUUCGGUGGAACAAGUGGUUUAUCAUCCUUGAAAAUCCUCGCCUCCAGCUUGGUGUACAGCAUCUCGGACGGUCAGUUCACAAGUCGUGCCGAUCUCAUCGAUGCCCCUGGAAGCUCGCUGGGACGUGGCGCUCUGGUGCCAGGAUUGGGCGCCUGCUAUGAUACCGUGAACAACAUGCUGUGGACAUGCUCCAAUGACUACAUCGAUCAGUGGUGUAAUCCUGGAAACCAAGCCUUCCAUUACGUCUGUCAGAGACUGGGGGUCAGUCACAUCAUCACUGAGCCCAAAGAAGAGGCUAUAACCACAAACGAGGUUAUAAACCAAUUAUUGCACCAUGUUGGUGCGAUGUGCAUACACCAACUCAGUCUCCUGGCUACCAACCCCAAUCUUCCAAUCACAAGUGUCUUGGGCAAGCAGCAUCCGAUCGAAGCACACCACCUUAGCAGUAUUUGCGACAUCAUGGAGAAGGCCAUGGUCAACGGAGAUACCUGUAUUAUACGCUGUAUUCUUGUGGUCUUUCAGGUGGUGUUCAAGUUUUUCUUCAGCCCACAAACGGAAAGGAAUCGUGACAUCGUUCGACGGUCAGGGUUGCUUCUCUGGCAGUUGUUGAUGGCACCCAAAGAUCAAAUUUGCCUUGAGAUUCAGAAGGAAGUCUGCCUCGCUAUCAGCUCUGGUUUAAAUAUCUUAUACCCCGGGGAGAUGGAAAUCAAUAACUUACUGAAGCUGGUCUUAACAGAAGGAGAGAGAAACAGUGGCCUUGCCCAGCUCCGGGACGUGAUCCUCACCAAUUUGGCGGAACAGCUGCAGAACAACCGGUUUGGCAGCGAUGAAGAUGACCAUUACAGACUAAAUGAUGAGCUUUUACACUACAUUCUGAAGAUCGUCGUUCGAGAAUCCUGUAUCUUAAUCACCAAGUGCCAAACGGUCUCUAAAGAUGGUUUUCAGAAGCUUCUUUCAACUGUGCCUGCUGCCUCCGCCUGCCUGCGCUACCUGAUGGCAGUCCAGAACCACCUUCUCAGUAACACUAUUUUGAUUAAACCCGAUGAGAACGAUGACAGUGACAACUCCUUGCAGGGCGAGACAUUGAAGGUACAGGAGCUCAAGGCCAGUAUUUUGGCUCUGGCCACCCAGAUCCUGACCGGCUGUGAUGAAGUGCUGGAAAUGCUGCAGCAGGUCACCACUGCCCUCAUCAAUAGUGACCUCACAGACUGCGAGCAGAGGUUAAAAGGCUUGGAGCAAGUUACUAAGGCCACUAUGCUAGGUCAUCUUCUCCCAGUGCUGCUGACCUCCCUGAUGCAUCCGAACUUACAGACUCUGACCAUGGCUGAUGCCCUGAUGCCUCAGCUAGUGCAGCUGGUCCUCUAUACCAGUCAGACGGCUCUACUGCUCAAAACCCAGUCUCCAGUCUUUGCUGACGUGGGCUGCUCCCCGCGUGGUGCCCCGGACCAGAAGGGCCGGCUGUUCCCCGAUGAAAGAAUGCUGGAAGAGAAAGAAGAGCCAGGCUUUCUCACCGGCUUAAAGAUUCCCGCCCCGUGGGCUGCUGGGAAGACGGUGGAGACGGUGCACCCUGUCAGAGACAACUAUAAAUUUAAAGAAACGGUCCACAUCCCCGGGGCUCGCUGCCUGUACCUUAGAUUUGACAGCAGAUGCUCGUCACAGUACGACUAUGACAAAUUGGUGAUAUACGCGGGGCCUAACACAAACAGUAGGAAGGUUGCUGAGUACGGCGGCAACACACUGGGAUAUGGCAGCCGUAGUGUCUUAGGAACUGGCUGGCCGAAGGACUUGGUGAAGGUGGAAGGAGAUACAGUCACCUUCUCCUUUGAAAUGAGAAGUGGCCGUGAACACAACACGCCUGAUAAAGCUAUGUGGGGCUUUGCUUGCACGGUCCGCGCUCAGGAAUCCUCAGAGGACGUCUCGGGAGGCCUGCCCUUUCUGGUGGACCUGGCGCUGGGUCUGUCCGUCCUCGCUUGUUCCAUGUUAAGAAUCCUGUACAAUGGGCCAGAGAUUACCAAAGAGGAGGAGGCCUGCCAGGAGCUCUUGCGCUCCAAACUCUUACAAAGGUGCCAAUGGCAGGUGGAGGCCAAUGGAGUGAUCUCCCCCGCCCUCACGCCAAGCCCCUCUCCACUGCCUCUGACCAUCGAGGAGGACAGAGAGUUCACCUACCCUGCUGACGUCCUUGGCCCGCCCGUGGGAAACUAUUUUGACCUGCCCCGGAUCAGGCUGCCGCCAGGAAUCAUGAUAAAGCUCAGGGAAAUUUCUGGGCGUGCUCGACCUCAAUUUAGACCAAGUAUAAAGGAAGUGGUUCAGCCAGACGUGAUGGAGGAGAUGGUGGUAUCGUGUGUCAUUAAGCACUUGAACUUGGUGGAUGCCCUGCAGUCCCUAAUCAAUUUCCAGUAUCAAGAAGAACAUGCCGAGGAGUACGAUUUACUGUGUAAAAUCAUGGGCGAGACCUUUAAGAAACUCAAUGCCAUGGAGAGACAGCUGCAAAGUGUUGCAGAAUUGGAACAGAAGUGGCAAAGUGAGGUUGAGGAGGCCACGCAGGGGAAGCUGGAGAACAGCCUGGUCUUCUUCUACGAUUACCACUUCAACGAGAACAAAAUGAAAGAACUAGAACUUUUGUGUUCUAUGAAGGAAGUCUCCUUUGAUGGCAAUGAUCUUGAAAACAUGGUCCUCUCACUGAGGGAGAAGUUCAUCCAGGAGGUGAAUUCUCUGAGUCAGAAACCCUCACACCCGCUGGCGAAAACGAAGACAUUAGUGAAGAGCCUCAUGAACCGAGCCGAGCUGCUGCUGCAUGUCACCAUCGCUGCCCAGUCCGGUCUCACGCGCAGCCGCUCCGGGACGCCUGCGGACACCCCGGCCUGUAAAUCGGCCUCGGAGACCAAGGUGAUCUCCCACGCGGUCCGCCAGCCGGUGUUUCUCCGCAGCAUGUCGGCUCCUUCGGACCUGGAAAUGAUUGGUAACGAAGACUUGGAAUUUACCCGAGCGAACCAGCGGCGGCGCCACGUGACCAGCCACCGCAGUAGCUCCUUUACCCUCCUGCAGUCGCUGGCCAUUGAGGACAGCAGGGACAAGCCCACCUACAGCGUCCUGCUGGGGCAGCUCUUCGCUUUCAUCGGCACCAACCCUGACCAGGCCGUGUCCAGCAGCAGCUUCCUUUUAAUCGAAGAACUCACCUGCGGCGGCAUGGUUGAACAGGUCCAGGAAGCCUUUGGAGAGACCAUGACAUCCGUCGUGUCUCUGUGUGCUCGCUACCCUAUCGCGUGUGCAAACAGCAUCGGGCUCUUAUGCACCAUACCUUAUACCAGGGCUCCCCAGAAAGAUCUGGAGAGGGGCCUGUUGCUGUGGUUGAGAAGACACAGGCUAGGAGGCGGCCCCACAGAGGCUGUGCACUCGGGGCUGGCUCGCCAGGUGUCCAGCCUGCUCACCAACCACCUUGCCCGAGCCACCGAGUGCUGCGGCAACCAGGCUGCGGGGAACGACGCCCUCCAGGAUGUCCUCAGCCUUCUCAAUGACCUCUCCAGUAGCUCAGAGGGACGGCCCUUCCGCCUUGGUACUGGCGCCAACAUGGAGAAAGUUGUGAAAAUGGAUCGCGACAUGACCAAGGGUGGCUGUUGUGAGGUGAUCACAGAAGAGGCAGUCGCUGCUCUCCGGAAGGCCACCAAGUGGGCACAGUCAGGCCUCAUUGUCAGUGUUGGGCCGCCGGUCGAGUCAGUCAACCCGGAGACGGUGAGCGGACUGUCCACAGGGGACAAGAAGAAGACCGCCCAAACCUCCAUUUGCCGGGAGAGGAACUCGGAGCUCGCCAGGACUGACCCCGUGCGACCCUUCAUCAGCGGGCACGUGGCCAACAGCAUGGCUGCCGAAGUGAUCGCCUUGCUGCACAGCUUGUUGAUGGCCCCAGAGUCCAAUGCCGCCCAGAUAUGGACCACCACGGCAGAGAAGGUCCUGUCCCGUGCUCUGAUGUACAUCCCGCAGCUGGGGAAGUAUGCGGAAAGCAUUCUGGAAAACGGCAGCAGCAGUGGCCGCAAGCUCGCCAAACUGCAGAGAAUUGCCCGGCAGGCUGUCGCCGCCCUGUGCGCCCUGGGCGGCUUCAAGGAGACCAUCAAGAUAGGGUCAGAGGUCCAGGUCCUAGGCAGAGGCGUCUCAGGAAGCAUCGGGGCAGUGGCCUCCGUCAACGAGCAGGAAGGUAUAGCCACGGUCAGAUUCCCGCCCAUGGGCUGUAGAAAGACUUCGCAAGCAGCAGACACGCUGACUAUCCCGUUGUCUAGACUUUGUGUGCCGAGAUCCGAGGCCUUGCCUCUUCAUAAACUGUCCAUUACUGAGAAGGUAGUACAGGCAGUCCAGUCCAUGUUGCUUCCUCAGGAGGGAAGUCUCUCUAUUCACACGUCACUUCCUGCAACAGGAGAUGGGUCAGCUCCUGUGAUGGCCGUCGUGCGGCUCCUGGCUGAAAUAAGGACCAGAGCAUGUCUGGUCAUGGCCCAGCUUCUAGAAGACAGCUUGUUUUGUGAAGAAUUUAUACAGCAGUGCCCGGCCGCGGUGGAGGUUCUUAACCUAGCAGCCCAGGAGUGCAGCGCUGGAGAGCGCCUUGCGGUCGUGGAAGUGCAGUGUGAACGACUGAGGAUGCUCUACCGGGACUGUGCUCGGCCCCCGCCCCCCCCACUGCAGGCCGACCGGAGACAGCCCAGAGAGAUCACAUGGAGCCCCUCAAGAGUGUUCCCGCCCGUGCGCGCCUGCAUGUUCUCCUCUCACCUCACGUCGGUCACCUUCCUGGCCGACCCCAGCGCUGGGGGAGGCUUGCCCCGGGGCACUUUUAUCUAUGCCACCUCACCUCUACCAGUUCAGGCCCCGUCUUUUUACUGGGAAAUUGAGAUCGUGUCCUACGGCGAUACCGAUGACGACACCGGCCCCAUCGUCUCCUUUGGCUUUGCCACAGAAGCGGAGAAGCGAGAUGGAGCGUGGACAAACCCAGUGGGCACGUGCCUUUUCCAUAACAAUGGCCGGGCUGUGCACUACAACGGCUCCAGCCUGCUGCAGUGGAAGAGCGUGCGCCUCGACGUGACUCUCUGCCCUGGUGACGUGGCGGGAAUCGGCUGGGAGAGGACCGAGGGCACGCCGCCCCCUCCAGGGCAGCCGGCCAAGGGCCGCGUGUACUUCACCUACUGCGGGCAGCGCCUCGCGCCCUACCUUGAAGACGUCUCUGGUGGGAUGUGGCCCGUGGUUCACAUCCAGAAAAAGAACACCAAAACUCGGGCCAACUUUGGCUCCCGCCCGUUUGCCUAUGCUGAAGGGCAGGCCCACCGCAACGCCGCCGACCUGUGCACCGACCUGGCCGAAGAGAUCAGCGCUAACUUCGAGGCCCUGCCCUUUGCCAUGGCGUCGGACAGUGACAACGAUGCCGGCACCAGUAUUGCGUCAGACCCCGGCACUCAUGGGCCACCGUGCCGGAUCGCGGCUGUGGCCACAGCUCAGCAGCAGUACGACAGCGACACCUCCUGCCGCUGCAAGGUGGAGCUCAGCUACGAGAAUUUCAUCACCUCCGGCCCAGACCCCCACCCGCCCCCCAUUGCCGACGAUGAGAGUGACGAUGACGAUGAUGACGACAUCCCACAGGAGGACCACUACGCCCUGCUGGUGAAGGCCUGGGAGACCAAGGUUUUUCCCACCAUCCGGAGACGCUUCCGCAAUGAAGCGGAGCGGAAGUCGGGCCUGGACCAGAUCAAGGGGGCGUUACAACUAGGAAUGGUCGAUAUUGCCAGGCAGACGGUUGAAUUUCUCUAUGAAGAGAAUGGUGGCAUCCCGAGAGACCUUUAUCUCCCCACCAUUGAGGACAUCAAAGACGAAGCCAACAAGUUCACAAUCGAUAAAGUUCGAAAAGGCCUCACGGUGGUAACCCGCUCUCCAGACAGCAAUAACGUGGCCAGCAAUGCCGUCGGCACCGCCCUGCCAAAAUUCGCCAUCCGAGGGAUGCUGAAAACCUUUGGGCUUCACGGAGUUGUCUUAGAUGUUGACUCAGUAAAUGAAUUGGUGCAAGUGGAGACGUACCUGCGAAGUGAAGGCGUGCUGGUCCGGUACUGGUACCCCCUUGAUAGGCUGGAAAGGCCCCCCGCAGGCUAUCGCCGGACUGCCACCAACGGGCUGGUCACACUGGACAACACCAGCCUUCAAAUUCACAGAGAGCUGCUGCGCUGCGAGGCUGCGUUGGCCAGGCUCUACUGCCGCAUGGCCCUGCUCAACAUCUUCGCCCCCAAGCUGCCUCAUCUGUUCACCCGCCUCUUCCACAUCCCAGCCAUCCGGGACAUUACCCUGGAGCACCUGCAGCUGCUGUCCAACCAGCUCCUCGCCCCUCCCCUCCCAGACGGCACCCUCAGCUCCAGCUCCAUCCUGCUGGCGCAGUCCCUGCAGCAUUGCAGCCACGGCCAGAACUGCUCGGCCACCGACCUCUUCUACCAGGGCAGCGCCCAGACGGUGCGCGAGUGGCUGAACGUGGCCAUCACGCGCACGCUGCACCAGGGCGAGGAGAGCCUGCUGGAGCUCACCAAGCAGCUCUGCUCCUUCCUGCAGACAGCCCCCGAGCAGUUCCCCUCGGAAGAAUUCCCCAUUUCCGAGUCCAAGGUCAACAUGGAUGUCAACUUCCCUGGUGCGGCUUUUGUGGUCGUGUCUUGUAAAGAAAGCCAGUCUGGAUUCCGCAAAGACUCCUCCCUGUACAAGGCCCCCUGGGCCAGGGUGCUGGUAUACGGCCUGGGCCACAAGGUGAAGCGCAGCGGGCAGCUCAGCCUCAUCGAAGCAGUCUGCUACCCCCGGGACGCGUCUCCGGCCAACACCGGCCUCACGCCGCCUCCCACCACCAACCAGUACCCGUCGGUGAUCCUCUCCACAGACAAAGUCCACAUCAAGCUGGGGGUGUCCCCGACGCCGGGAGCUGUGCUCAUGCUGCACUCUCUGCCGCUGGAGUUCCCGCUGGCCAUGGCCUUCGCCGAGCAGCUGCUCUCCUGGAGGUCGGAAGACAGCGAGGGCAAGUCGGAGGACGAGCCUGACACCAUCCCGACGUCCGUCCUCCUGCAAGUAGUGGAGCUGCUGGGGAGCUUCCUGUGGACCACGGACAUGGCGGCCUGCGUGAAGGAGCAGGUGUUCCACCUGCUGGCCGAGCUGCUGCGCACGGUGCACGCCCUGGAGCAGAGGAGGCACCCCGCUGGCCUGUCCACCUCCAUCGCCCUCCAGCUGAACCCCUGCCUGGCCAUGCUGAUGGCCCUGCAGUCGGAGCUGCACAAGCUCUAUGACGAGGAGGCCCAGAGCUGGGUCUCGGGCGGGCCCUGCGGGAGCUCCGGGGCUGCCGUGGCCGCCGAGCAGGGCAGGUUCUCCACGUACUUCCACGCGCUGAUGGAAGGCUGCCUGGCCGUCGCCGAAGUCACCCUGCCCACCAACAUGAGUGUCACUGCCAGCGGGGUGACCUCCACCACCGGCCCAAACCUCAGCGACUCAUCCAGCCCCCUGUGGGGUUCCCACAUGCUGUUGGCAGGAGGGUGCUUUCCCCAGGUGUCUGGAGCAGGGGGCUCACCUCGGGCCGUGCAGGCUCCAAGGGACUCCAAGUUUCAGAUGACAUCCUUCUCUUUGUUCACGCAGAUAAGAUCCCGAGCCAAAAUCGAGAAGAUCCGCGCAAGCCUGUUCAACAACAAUGACUUGAUCGGCUUGUCGAGUUUGGACGGCGAAGACGAGCUGAUGGAAAUGUCCACGGAGGAGAUCCUGACUGUGUCCGUGGUCAAUCAGAGUCUGUUUGACACGCAGGGAAGCCCAGGGCUGGAAGAUUAUUUCAACGAUAAGUCAAUUAAAGGCGAGAAGCUGGUGCCCGGGGCCAGAGAGGUUCUGACGGAAAUAUUUAAGAGCUGUGCCCACUCGGAGCAGAUGCUGAGCCUGACACCAGCGAAGCCCAUCAAAGUCUCUGACAUUUACCUCAGCAAAGAGCAGAUCAACUCCCAGACGCCAGGCAACCUCCUCCACGUCUUCUUCACCAACGUCCGGCCACCCAAAAAGGUGCUGGAGGACCAGCUCACCCAGAUCCUGAGGAAGUACGGCGUGCCGAAGCCCAAGUCCGACAAGAGCAAGUACGGCAAGGCGGGCAAGGAGCAGCACCCCGUGAAGGUGGUCAGCACCAAGCGGCCCAUCUCCAAGCCGCCCGCCAAGGACAAGGCCGUGCUCAACAGCGUCAGCAGGACUGCCUUAAGUGAGAAGAAGCCGACUGUGAAGCCCAAGUCCCCGGAAAAGAACAAGCCCGAUGAAAAGGACCCGGAAAAGUCGCCCACCAAAAAGCAGGAAGUCCCCGAGGAGAAGUACCUGACCUUGGAUGGCUUUCACAAGUUUGUUAUUGACCGCGCCAAGCAAGACAUCCGUAGCGUCUGGAGGGCCAUCCUGUCCUGUGGUUACGAUCUUCAUUUUGAGAGGUGUGCCUGCAUCGACGUCCGGCAUGCUCAGAAGGCCUCCAGGAAGUGGACCCUGGAGAUGGACGUGGCGCUUGUGCAGUACAUCAACCGGCUGUGCCGCCACCUCGCCAUCACCCCGGCCAGGCUCCAUCCCCACGAGGUGUACCUCGACCCCGCCGACUCCACCGACCCCAGGGUGGCCUGUCUCCUAAAUGUGCCCAUCGAAAGCCUGCGCCUGCGCUUUGCCCUGCUCCAGUCCCUCAACACCACGCUGGAGACCUUCUUCCUGCCCCUGGUGGAGCUGCGCCAGACGCCCGUGCUCACCCAUAGCAUUGCCGCCCUGCUCAAGGAGGCCAAAGGGCUGAUCUUUUAUGACACGAAGGUGACGGUGAUGAACCGGGUGCUCAAUGCCACCGUGCAGAGGACUGCCGACCACGCAGCGCCCGAAAUCACCUUGGACCCCUUGGAGAUCGUGGGAGGGGAAAUCCGAGCGUCUGAAAACUCUUACUUCUGCCAAGCGGCUCGGCAGCUGGCCUCGGUGCCCUCCUCCCAGCUGUGUGUCCAGCUGGCCAGCGGCGGCGACCCCACGUACUCCUUCAACAUGCGCUUCACUGGGGAGGAGGUGCACGGCACCAGUGGCUCCUUCCGCCAUUUCCUGUGGCAGGUGUGCAAAGAGCUUCAGAGCUCCAUGCUGUCCCUGCUCCUUCUGUGCCCCAGCUCAGCUGUCAGUAAGAACAAGGGCAAGUACAUCCUGACGCCUGGCCCCAUCUCCUACGGUGAGGAGCAGCUGCUGCACUUCCUGGGGCAGCUGCUGGGCAUUGCCAUUCGGGCCGACGUUCCCCUCCCCCUGGACCUCCUCCCCUCCUUCUGGAAGACACUGGUGGGAGAGCCCCUGGACCCUGACCUUGACCUGAAGGAAGCCGACAUCCUCACCUACAAUUAUGUCAAGAAAUUUGAAAGCAUUAAUGAUGAGACGGAGCUGGAGGCCCUGUGUGCCGAGAUCGCCUCCCAGCACCUGGCCUCCGAGAGCCCCGACGGCCCCAACAGGCCCUGCUGCCGCUUCACCUACCUGACCAUGACAGGCGAGGAGGUGGAGCUAUGCAGCCGCGGCCGGCACAUCCCCGUGGCGUGGGAGAACAAGGACAUCUACUCGGCCGCCAUCCGGAGCCUGCGGUUACGCGAGCUACAGAACGUGGAGUGUGUGACUGCCGUGCGCGCGGGCCUGGGUACCAUCAUCCCCCUGCAGCUGCUCACCACGCUCAGCCCCCGGGAGAUGGAGCUGCGCACCUGUGGCCUCCCGUACAUCAACCUCGAGUUCCUAAAGGCCCACACCAUGUACCAGGUGGGGCUGAUGGAGACGGACCAGCACAUCGAGUUCUUCUGGGGGGCCCUGGAGAUGUUCUCCCAGGAGGAGCUGUGCAAGUUCAUCAAAUUUGCCUGCAACCAAGAGCGCAUCCCGUUCACCUGCCCCUGCAAAGAUGGGGGCCCCGACACGGCCCACGUGCCCCCAUACCCCAUGAAGAUCGCCCCUCCAGAUGGCACAGCAGGUUCCCCAGACUCGCGCUACAUCCGGGUGGAGACCUGCAUGUUCAUGAUCAAACUGCCCCAGUACUCCUCCCUGGACAUCAUGCUGGAGAAGCUGCGCUGUGCCAUUCACUACCGCGAAGACCCCCUCAGUGGCUGAGCCAGAGGAGGCCCGAGGUUGGCUGUCACCAGCUCCGAGGUUCGGUUUGGAGCCUGCUCUGUGGGCACAUCCCUCUGGGGCGCCCGCACCACAAGUCGGAGACCUUUUGUUUUUCUCAACUCUUGUCCACAGUCCAGGGCCUCCUGGAAGACUUAACCUUUUGUAGCCAUACGUUUCGUGAUGGGUUGGUUCUUUUGCUGCCUGUUUGUGGUAUGUUUGUAGGAUAGUUUAGUUCCCAGACAGUUUGUGUCUAAUUGGACCUUCUUGGCCAGUUGCUCUUCGCUUCUGGGUUCUCCUGCCAUCCGGGCCCAGGAGGUUCCUCAUUGCAGACCCACCAAGCAGGAGGCUGGUGGUGAGGUGAGCACAGGUCUCCACAAACAAGGCCCCAGGCCUGCCCGCCCCGAGCUGGCUUUUCUCCAGGAGGCCCUGCCCAGCCAGGUAUCCUUUGGUCUGGAGUGGUGUUGCCGUCUACCAGCACCGAAGAGCCACAUUCAUGGGGCUUUGUGUGCUGAAUCCUCCUGCUUGAGAAUGGUCUUAGCUGUUCUGAGAAGCCCACGGGGUUCCCCUCCCCUCCCCCCCACCUCUCAGACAGGCAGUCCUGCCUGCUCUGGGGCUGGCUCUCUAGCCAUUGGUUGAGGGUUUCCCAGCAGUGCCGGAUGAAGGCGAACUGGAGACCCUAGGCCCAGGUUCUUUGUGGAGCCAAGCCACAUACACCCAGCACCAGGGGUUGUGGUAAAAGUCCAGGCCCCCCGGGUGGAUCUCGGACAUACCGAGUAGGAAGGCCCUGGAGCUCAGCCUGUCCUACUCUUGUCCUAGGAGCAGGCCGUCUUGCUGCAGUGUCUGGAGUGGGGGUGGGGUGGGGACAUGAAGAAGAAAGGACCAUAUCCACUUUGUAAACGCCCUCAGUCACUGCUCAGCCCUUCCAGUCCAGAUGGAGACUCCAGGGGGCCUUUCUGGGCCAUCUGGCCAAGAGGUGGGUGUAGGAGGCCCCGGCUGGCUUCUCUGACCCACUGAUGUGUGCGCCAGGGCUGACUGCCUGGAGCUCACCCACUGCCCAGUGCAUUUGUGCCCCAAAUUGGUCUUGUCCAGUGGUACCUUGUUGCAGAACAGCACAUGCCAGCUUGUCGGAUACUCGUUUUGGGCUUCGCCUUGCUGUGUUCAUUGUACGUGAUUGUGAACAGUGGGUCUCGGAGGGCCUGCUGUUGGCUGAGGUGGUGCUGGAAGGAGGGCUGGGAGGGAGAAAUGGCCCUCUCCCUGUGGCAGCCCUGGGCUGCCUGAAGCAAGCACCUCCCCCUCCCCGCACUUCUUAGGAAAUGCAUUAAGGACCAUGGUAGUGAAGAUAUCUCCGACCCAAGAAAAAGAUCUUCCUCAGCUGAAUCGGUGCUGUUGCGUCCACUCUGUUUUGAUGUAGGAGUCGUCUCGAGUUGAGUGCCAGAUACAAUGCCCUACCCCACCUCCCCCAAAGAAAGGUGGCCAGCUGGCUACCUCCCAAGGCCACAGCCCCCUGGACAGGGCAGGUGGGAGGGGCCCAUCCUGACAAGGAUCCUUUCAUUUCCUCCUGCAGAAAGGAAAGCCUUUGGGUUUAUUAGAAGUGGCUGGUUUCCUCCCUUUAUAUCUAAAUUCUUGGUACCGCCCCGUCCUCCCAUCCUUGAACGGACUUGGAAAUCUGUCAGCUACCUCCCCAAGAGGGCUUUGGGACGCUCUGUCGGCCCCUCACUUGAUUAGGUGACAGCUGUGAGUAAGAUACCUGCUGCUAACGUGACUGCUUGUCCCAGAGAGCACAUUGAGGUCCAGACAGAACCCAACCUUUGGCCCUAAAACACGUGUGCUGUAAAGUUACUUGAUGUAUAUUUAUUAUAAUUAUUUAUGGUUGCAUUUAACAAACUUUUCAUUCAAUUUGAUGCUGUUUACACCACUGCUGUGUAAAGGAGGCUCACCACAAGGCAAACCGUCGCACCAAUAAAUAACCUUCAUCUAAUUUUGAUUUA